AGAUACCUUGGAAAGAUUCUGUCAUUUCAAAGAAAUAUAAAACUGCAAAAGAUACUUGUAUAGAACAAAGAAGCUGGAAUUAAAUAUCUGCUCAUGCUGAUGCCGUUUUGAGUGAUCCAAGAGCUUUAUUGGAAGUUUUUGUGUUUACAGAAGAGACAAGACAAGAAAAACUCAUAAGUUCAUCCACCCUGCGUUUUAAUAUGCUUGGGGAAGUGGUGAAAGAAAACGCAGUUAUGGCUGCAAGAGUACCAAAUACGAAUCAGUCCUUCGCUGGUGGUGACGCAGACAACUUGGGCAAUGCUUCAACCAACCGCUCGCCCGGGGACCCCGCCAGAACGCUGGGCACAGACAAGUUAUGGAAUCCGUUCAGAGACUCUGACGGAGGCCCGCUGUGGAGCUCAAUGGAGAGUUCUUUCUGGGACUCGGAAGGAAGUUCGACAAGAAGCACCCUACGUCCCUCAGACGCAGAGAACAGAGUUGAGACUUCGGACAAGAAUCCUAAUGGAAACGAAGACAUGAGCCCUGAUGGAAACGAGAGUGAGAGCUCAGAUGAGAGCUCUUUUGUUUUCUCAAAUGAGAGCUCUUUUGUUGUCUCAAAUGAGAGCUCUUUUGUUGUCUCAAAUGAUACACUUUCAGAUGACAGCCAUCUCAGAAUCCAAGAGAAUAACCCAAAUGAAAGUCAAGAAGAGAAUAAACUCAGAGGCUUUAUCAAGAGUGGGGACAACACCCCGGACAAAAAUCUUAACCAGUAUGACGGCCCAGCUUGGAGCCCAUACUGGACCUCGAGCGGAAGUUCAUCCGAUAUUUCAAUCUGGAGGCCAGUCCAUAAUGCAGACCUGAGACCAGUUAGGAGGCAAAUGACGAGUUCAGUUCGCAGCGGAAGUACAUCUGGGAACUCCAUCGAGAGCCCCGGACGAAGCUCAAUCCACAGCGCAUCUGCAAGCUCCCAGGGGAGCCCUGUGCGGGGUUCUUUUUGGAACUCAAGUGCAAGCUCGUCCGGUUACACAGCGGAGGCCUCCUCAUCUGUCAACAACGUAACUUUAGAUCUGGAAGAUGAGACAAGUACUGAAAGCGACGUCAACAGACCAUUUCGGCUUCUAGAGAGAAUAUUGGAGCUUCCGGAUGUCCACAAUCCACUUCUAAAUAGGGAAGAGAUGCCCCCCACAGGUGGUUAUAUCGAGAGCCCGCACUGGCCCUCAGAGAGGGUUGCUCGGUUCCUUAUACCACGACGUUGGCGAGCCCCUCGUGGACAGUACACGGUUAUCCACAUUCAUGUGGAAUUGCGAAUUCAUCUUCCAUUUACACGUACUAUUGCAAUUCUAAGCGCACUAAUGUUUUACACUCCGGCGGACAAAGAAGGCGAAUCUGAUAUGGAAGCUGAUUCUCAGUGCAAAUCUCCUAGCAAACAAAAUUGUAAGGAGACAGACAGUUCUUCAGUCACCGACCAAAACCAUCCGAAGGAUGAAACUUAA